ACAUGCAGUCUACACCACUCAUUAAGGUGGGCCACACCAGUAACAGAAUUCAAGAAUCAGCUGUCCAUUCCUCUCAGAAUCAUCAUUGAUUCCAACAUCCGUCCGAGGAUCAGAUUAUCCAUGGUGUGGCCCACCUUUUGGACGGCUAAGAUCUCCUACACAGAUCAGAUAUAAUAAGUAGCUGAAAGUUCAUUCAGUUUGUCUGUGUGUGGUAGUCUCUCUUACAGGAAUGGCGUUUCUUACAAAACCACUCUUCAUUUCCUUCUUCUGGAUUAUCAUCGUCGUCGCAUCCGUCUUCUUUCAACGGUCAGAUGCCUGCCACGUCAUAGACAGGGCGGGCCUACUAGGAUUCAAGGCCGGGAUCGUCGAUGACCCGUCCGGCCUACUCAACACCUGGACGGCGUCGACUGACUGCUGCUCCGCCUGGGACGGCGUAUCAUGCGACGCAAACGGCGGAAGAGUCAUCAACGUCUCCCGUCCAGGUCUCUUCUCCGGCGACGAUUUCAUCACUGACACAUCGAUGACUGGAAUAAUCUCCCCCGCCAUCGCCAAUCUCUCCUCCCUCGAAUUCCUAGACCUCAGUAAUCUCAAGAAUCUGAAAGGCCCGAUCCCGCCACAGCUAGGCCGUCUCUCCCGUCUUCGCUAUCUCUUCCUCGACUCAAACGAACUCACCGGCCGCAUUCCUCCCACCUUCCGCGGCCUCUCCCGCCUCCAGAAGCUCUAUCUCAGUUCCAACCGUCUCUCCGGCGGCAUUCCGUCCUCCGCUCUCGAAUCUCUCACUUCUCUCUCUGAACUCGGCCUGUCGGAGAAUUCACUCUCUGCCGGAAUUCCCGCCACCAUCGGAAGGCUGAAAUCGCUGAAGAAGCUCGAUCUCCACACCAAUCGCAUCUCCGGAAGCAUUCCGGCGCAAAUCGGCCGCCUCAAGAAGCUGACGUAUCUCGAUCUCUCCGAUAAUCGGAUCGCCGGAAGCAUCCCUCCAUCCCUCGGCGGCCUAUCUGCUUUGGUUGUUCUCUAUCUCAAUCAAAACAAAAUCACCGGCAGCAUCCCUCCAUCUAUCGGCGAUCUCCACAAGCUCCAGUUCUGCCGCUUAUCUGAAAACCACCUAACCGGGAGCAUACCACCGUCCAUCAGCAAGCUCCGCAACAUCCAACGGCUGAUCUUGGAGAACAACAAACUUACAGGAAAACUACCGGCGGCGAUCGGCGAUCUAGAAAAUCUCACUGAUCUGUUCCUUGGAAACAACCGUUUAACGGGCCGGAUUCCGCCAAGGUUCGGCCAGCUUAGAAGCCUCAUGAUCCUUGAUCUGUCGAGAAACCGUCUCUCCGGUGGAAUUCCACGUCAGCUCGAGAAACUUCCACAGCUCCAGACGUUAGACCUCUCCUUCAAUCCUCUCGGCUUAGCUGACGUGCCGGCUUGGCUCGACAAGCUGAAGCUCUUCCGGCUCAUUUUAGCAGGGACCGGGAUCACGGGCCACCUUCCUACGUGGCUGUCAUCUGCAUCGUACAUCUCGACGCUGGACCUAUCCAGUAAUAGAUUAACGGGUGGAUUGCCAAGAUGGAUUGGGAACAUGACCAAUCUCUCCUUCCUCAAUCUCUCCAACAACGCGCUCGGCUCGUCUCUCCCCUCCGAGCUGAAGAACCUUUCCCUCCUCGCGGAUCUUGACUUACAUGGCAAUCAGUUCACGGGCCGAAUGCGGGCCAUCUUCGAGAAGAGUGUCCGAGAUCCGUUGGGACACUUCAACUCCAUCGAUCUCUCACACAAUCUCUUCGCGGGCCCCAUCGACACUGAUAUUGGAGUCCAUACAGCAAUGAGUACAAUCGAACGGCUGGUAUUGUCCCACAAUCCAUUGGGGGGACGGAUUCCACGAUCGAUUGGGAAUAUGAGCAGGCUGCAGAAGGUGGAGAUGGCCGGAAAUGGGCUUUCCGGUACGAUACCGCCGGAGUUGGGGAAUGCGAAGGAAUUGACGUCGAUCAUACUAUCAAAGAACAAUCUAAUCGGGCCGAUACCAAAAGGGGUUCUCAACUUGCCGUGGCUCGUUGAAUUCAACGUCGCGGAUAACCGAUUGAGCGGCCGGAUUCCGCCUCAUAAUGCCUCCAUUCCGGCGGGUGAGUUUGGGGAUAAUCCUGGGCUGUGUGGAGCUCCACUUCCUCCUUGUAAGCAUGGCUAGAUUUUCCGUUUGCAUCAUCUUCAGAUUCUAUUCAUUGCAACUGACGCAGGGGGGGAUGUGUCGUCCUCA